CCGGAAGCGGCAGGAGGACGCGGCAGCGGCGACCCCGGCCCGGCGGCCCCGUCACCCGAGCUGUUCAUGUACAGAGCUGGACGGCUUUGCUGGUGUGUUAUGAAGACUCCGCGCCCCGGGGAUGUGGUAGAGAUCGCUCACCCCCAGUGAGCUGUCCCCUCGAGGAGGGGCCUGGCAGCUGUUCAGCAGUGCAUGGCACUGCCACCCCCGUGGUGAGGCGAGGAAGAGCAAGCGGCACAGCACAGCCGGAGAGCUGCCCUGGAUUCAUUCCUGAUGGAACUAGAGCAAAACAUCCCAUCUUGAUUGAAAAAUGGCCAGUGAUGGAGACUCCACCAUGGCCCUGGGCAGAGGUGGCACCAUGCAGCAGGAGGGGGAGAAGAGCCGGGCCCGGCCCAGGAAGCCCGACAUGGCCCUCUAUGUGCCCAAAGCACGACGGGAGAUGGCAGCCCAAGGAGUGGGCGCGGCCAGCGCUGCGUGGGCGAUGGGGAGCCGGACGGAGGAGGAAAACCGCCGCGUGCUGCAGAAGGAGGGUGCCAAAGGCCGCUGCGAGAGGCAGAGCCCCAGCGCUGGAGCCCGCGAGCACGUGGCCAGAGAGGGGAGGAGGUCAGAGGGGAAAACAAGGAAGCGCAACAGCAAACGGGGCAGCGCUCCAGGGCAGCCCGAAGGAGCCUCUGCCCAGGGCUGGGAUCAGCGCGUCACACUCCACCAAAACCAUCUGGCCCCAGAGGAGCAGCCGUGUGGGCGGCUGGAAACAAACCUCCACAGUGAUCAGCCUAGCCCUCAGGAGUCCCGCCUGGGUCAGGCUCCUGCUCGGCCAGGGGGUAGUGAGGAGCAGGUGUCCAGCAAGCCAGGGCUCAGGGAGCUAAGCCCCAGGUGCUGGGAUUCAAGGACAGGUCCUGGAACUUGUUCCCAUCUGUCGGAGGAAACAUCUAGUCCCCUGCUUGUGCCACCAUGGGGAGGGGAAGAGCACGCACAGGAGCAGAGGUGUGGGGGCCCGCUGGCCCGGCUAGGCACUUCCUCUCAACCUAGGAAUGAGAGCAGGGAUGAAACAUCAGAGCAGGCAGGGGGGAGCACAGGUAGCGCAUCCGAAUGUGCAGGCAAGAGCAUUCCAGCUCUGAGCGGGGAGAGCGCAGGAAGCACGUGUGAGCUCAGAGGGGAGAGUGCCACAGAUCCGAGCGGGGAGAGCACAGGAAGCGCGUGUGAGCUCAGUGGGAAGGGUGCCACAGAUCCGAGCGGGGAGAGCACAGGAAGCGCGUGUGAGCUCAGUGGGAAGGGUGCCGCAGAUCCGAGCAGGGAGAGUGCAGGAAGCGCGUGUGAGCUCAGAGGGGAGGGCGCCACAGAUCUGAGCGGGGAGAGCACAGGAAGCGCGUGUGAGCUCAGUGGGAAGGGUGCCGCAGAUCCGAGCAGGGAGAGUGCAGGAAGCGCGUGUGAGCUCAGAGGGGAGGGUGCCGCAGAUCCGAGCAGGGAGAGUGCAGGAAGCGCGUGUGAGCUCAGAGGGGAGGGUGCCGCAGAUCCGAGCAGGGAGAGUGCAGGAAGCGCGUGUGAGCUCAGAGGGGAGGGUGCCGCAGAUCCGAGCAGGGAGAGUGCAGGAAGCGCGUGUGAGCUCAGAGGGGAGAGUGCCACAGAUCCGAGAGGGGAGAGAGCAGGAAGCGUGUGCAAGCUUCAAGAGGAGGGUGCUGCAGAUCAGCCAUGUGAGGGGGCAGCUCCAAGCAGGGAGAGCGCAGGAAGCGUGUGUGAGCUCAGAGGGGAGGGUGCCGCAGAUCCGAGUGGGGAGAGCGCAGGAAGCGCGUGCGAGCUCAGAGGGGAGGGUGCCGCAGAUCCGAGCCGGGAGAGCGCAGGAAGCGCGUACCAGCUCAGAGGGGAGGGCGCCGCAGAUCCGAGCCGGGAGAGCGCAGGAGGCGUGUGCGAGCUCAGAGGGGAGAGUGCCGCAGAUCCGAGCAGGGAGAGCGCAGGAAGCGCGUGCCAGCUCAGAGGGGAGGGUGCCGCAGAUCCGAGCCGGGAGAGCGCAGGAAGCGCGUGUGAGCUCAGAGGGGAGGGCGCCGCAGAUCCGAGCCGGGAGAGCGCAGGAGGCGUGUGCGAGCUCAGAGGGGAGAGUGCCGCAGAUCCGAGCAGGGAGAGCGCAGGAAGCGCGUGCCAGCUCAGAGGGGAGGGUGCCGCAGAUCCGAGCCGGGAGAGCGCAGGAAGCGCGUGUGAGCUCAGAGGGGAGGGCGCCGCAGUUCCGAGCGGGGAGAGCGCAGGAAGCGCGUGCGAGCUCAGAGGGGAGGGUGCCGCAGAUCCAAGCGGGGAGAGCGCUGGAGGCGCGUGCCAGCUCAGAGGGGAGGGUGCCGCAGAUCCGAGCCGGGAGAGCGCAGGAAGCGCGUGUGAGCUCAGAGGGGAGGGCGCCGCAGAUCCGAGCGGGGAGAGCGCAGGAAGCACAUGCGAGCUUGCAGCGGAGGGCGCCGCAGAUCCGCCGUGCAGGAGGGCAGGCAGCGUGUCUGACAGCGAGAGGGGGAGCGCUGCUGCUGCUCUAGAGGGAGGCCUGCCUGAGCAUGCCGGGGCGAGAGUGCGUAGCACAUCCAAUAGGACAGACUCUGGCACCAGGGCCCCGCUGGAGCGUGUGGACGAGGCCAGAGGCAGCGCAGCGCGGUGUGGGGCGGAGAUGCCCUGCAGCUCGGGUGCACUGGGAGCUCAUGGGAGCAGUGAGUGCAGCCGGUCUCUGGAGAUCCCAGGCAGCCGCUCGGCCGGGAGCUGGGCCGAGGAGGUGGCCUGUGCAGGCGGGGUGGCAAGGCCAUCGCAUGGCUUGCGAGCGGAUGGAGAGCCGGGGCCGGAAGGGGAAGAGGACGGUGGUGUGACCGAAGGCAGCACGUCCUGCUGGGACGGCAGCACAGAAGCACCUGAGCAGCCAAGUGACGGAGCCCAGAGCGACAGCAGUGCUGCGGCAGAGGAGAGCUGGGACUCACUCUUCAACGCCGACGGAGACUGCCUGGACCAGCGCCUGCUGCAAGAGCUGUCGGGCGGUGAGAAGCCCAGGAGCAGCCUGCAGGAGCCCCGCUUUGACUACUGCGGCUGGCAGCCCGCUGAGCUGGACCUCAGCCACUCGGAGCUGCCCCAUGUCAUCGAGAUCUACGACUUCCCGCAGGACUUCGGCACCGCCGACCUGCUGCGCGUCUUCUGCAGCUACCAGAAGAAAGGCUUUGACAUCAAAUGGGUGGACGACACGCACGCACUGGGCAUCUUCUCCAGCCCCAUCGCAGCGCGCGAUGCCCUGAGCAGCAGGCAUGUGAUGGUGAAGACGCGGCCCCUGGCGCAGGGCACGAGAGCGGCCAAGGCCAAAGCCAGGGCUUGUGCUGACCUCCUGCAGCCGGCGAAGGAGCGGCCAGAGACGUCUGCGGCCCUGGCCCGGAGGCUGGUGAUCGGAGCCCUUGGAGUGCGGAGCAACCAGAGCCGAGCCGAGCGCGAGGCCGAGCGCAAGAAGCUGCAGGAGGCCCGAGAGAGAAAGCGCCUGGAGAACAAACAGCGGGAGGACGUCUGGGAAGGCCGGGACUGAGCCAGGGCGGCAGCGGGGGAGACCGGAGCACCCAGGGCUGCUGGCAGGCACUUGGCAGGGAGGCACUGUGGUGCCGUGGGCUUCAGACGCCAGCGCAGCCCAGUGCCAGCUGCACCCACACAGGCUGGCCGGGCUGUCAGUGGGGGGAAGGGGAGAGGCCCGUCUGGAGCCUGGCGGGGGGAGAGGGUCCGGCUGACAAAACGCAGCAGCUGUUUGUAUUAGGACUCUUAGUGGGGGUGGGCUGGCAGGCCCUGCCGCUGGUGUGUGCGCCCUGGAAGGGGGCAUUUGCCUCCCUCGGACCUGUCUCUUGCCCUUUGAGAUGCUGGAGCACAGGGAGUCAGUGCUCUGGAGCGCUGGGCUGGGGCAGCGGUAGCCCAGCUGAGUCUGGUGGCUGUGCCCUGUGCCUGGCACUGCCCGGGCUGCGCUUGUGCUGGGUAAUGCCCUGACGCACUGGCUGCAGCUGGUCGGUCGCUGCUGGAAACGCGGCCUCGAGGCUGCCCAGCUCGCUUUCAAGGCUCCCUGCAGCAGCCCGGGCCAUGCGAACAGCCCUGGGCAGCAGGAGGGGAUUUCGCAGGCCUCUGCGUGUGCCAUGCUGAGCAGUGCUGUGUCGAUCCGAGCCAGUGCAGGCUGGGGAUGUGCCGAGCGCGGGUGAGUGAGAAGCCAUGUGCGAUGGAGGUUCCCUGUCCUUUAUUUUGCUAUUAAAUUGCCUGGUUUUUACACUGC